AUGGAUGAAAAUAAGUUAUUAGUCAUGCAUCAUCCGAUUUACAGGAUAUUUUACGUAUCUCACGAUUCUCAAGAUCUCAAAAUAUUCAGUUACAUUGCCAGGGACGGUGCUAGUAAUGUGUUCAAAUGUAACGUUUUCAAAUCGAAUAAAAAGGGAAGAAGAGAAGGGGAAAAAAAGUUCUCUCGUUAUACCAAUCAUUAUCGGGUAUCGGAAAAAUUGUAA